GAAGGAGACGGUGGGGGAGGGUCACGUGUGUAUACACUGUAGGGUUCAGGACCACUCAAUUCGUAGUAAGUUGUCAACGUCCUCCCCUUUCGAUAACAAGCUUCGUCAGACUAGAAACUGUAUUGCUAAAUGCUGCAGUAGCCUAAGUAACUACGCAAAAAGUAAUAGAUCUAACUAUACCGUUUUUGUAUUUUUUUUUUCGAAUAGAAAAGGAUACGGCGUUUGUAGCAAGUCAACACCAAAUGUAACUACAGAGAAAUGUCAGUGGACGUACAGCAAAACCCGAUGCCUCCGUAGACUUGUCGACGUGCCAAAUCUUUACUUUUCUGCCAAGUGAGUGCACCAGUGCAGCCCUCCCUCAGAGCCCUAGCUAUGUGGAGCUGUAUGGCUUACAAUGAGACGGACUCCAGCUCCGAACACCGGCUCUGCCAGGACUUUGGCCUCAUCCUUUCCGUCUUCUCCUUGUUCUACCUCAUGGUGUGCUUCCCCAUAGGGCUCUGCUACAACGCCCUGCUGGUGGUGGUCAACCUCGCCAACAAGGUGUCCAUGACCAUGCCAGACGUCUACUUCGUCAACAUGGCCAUCGCUGGCCUGGUCCUCAACCUGGUGGCCCCCGUGGAGCUGCUGGGCCCCAGCUUCACCCGCUGGCCCAUGUGGGAGUACAACGACGAGGUCUACAUCACCCUGCUCAUCCUCUUCAACAUCUCCUCCUUGGUCAUCAUGUACUCCACCACGCUGCUCAGCCUGGACUACUACAUCGAGCGAGCGCUGCCGCGCACCUACAUGUCCAGCGUGUACAACACCAAGCACGUGUGCGGCUUCAUCUGGGGCGGCGCCGUACUCACCAGCUUCUCCUCACUGCUCUUCUACGUAUGCAACCACGUCUCCACCAAGAUCAUCGAGUGCUCCAAGAUGCAGAACAAGGAGGCUGCGGACGCCAUCAUGAUGUUCAUUGGCUACGUGGUUCCGGCCGUGGCCGUGCUGUAUGCUUUUGUGCUCAUCCUGCGCAUUAGGAAGGAGUCCACCCCGCUGGACCAGGACUCAUCCCGCCUGGACCCUUCUAUCCACAGGCUGCUGCUGGCCUCAGUCUGCAUGCAGUUUGUUCUAUGGACCCCGUACUACAUGACUCUAUUGGUACACACUAUAGCCGGGGCGCCGGGGACCUACGGCAACAACAACAAACAGCGCCUUACAAUUUACUUCUUCCUGAGGUGUCUGUCAGAGCUGCUGGCCUUCUCCAGUAGCUUCGCCAUGCCUCUCAUGUACAGGCAGAUGAACAAGAACUUCUCCCACAAGCUGCAGCGGCUGCUAAAGAAGCUACACUGCAGGGACACAUCCUGCCCUCGCGAACGCUCCACAGUGCAGCAGGUGGUGACGUGAGACGGCCUGGCCUUACUAACCCCCACCCUCUUACCCAGCCUGCACUUAUUAUCACAGACCCCACAGAGACAGCAACACAUGGCCUUAGACGUCAGCUACAGGUCUAUUGCUGCUACUCUGGCUGAGUCUUGACUUUAAAUGAAACUAAGGAAUCUUCAUUGACUUUACCGAACUUGACUUUAUUUGUCCAGUUCUGUAGCAAGAGGACAAACCAAGCAGAAACCACUAAGUGCAUUAGCAAGCUUGUCACUUGGACACUUGGUUGUUAAAUUGGGGGCGCAAAGCCGUUGUAAUGCGAUUUCUCUUCUCCUAAUACACACAGGGUGAUUCACCAACACAGGCUGUAGGGGUACUGCACUGCACACCAAAACUGUGACAAUGAGUUAUACUAUUGGAGUAACAAUCAUUUUUAUAUCUCAUGUGUCAAUCAGCAUGUUACUACUAUGCAUGUAGCUGGUACUAGGUAGGAAGUGGAAUGCAAACUGAUUAUGACCCUGUCAGACCGCCCAGGAGCCUGAGGCCAUGUCUCAUUUAAAGAGUUCCUAUCCAGCCCCGGCCACAACACUCUGGAUGUGUCUUAAAUGGCACCCUAUUCCCUACAUAGUGCAUUACAUUUGAUCGGAGCCCUAUGUGCCCUGUUAAACAGUAGUGCACUAUAUAGGAAAUAGGGUGCCAUUAUGGACACAUCCUCUGUCUGUCCUCCACUGUCUUGCACCUAGAGAAAACCUUUGCAUGCUCUUCACCCUCAGCAGAUUACACAGUACUAUACAUGUACCUCGUUUCAUUUCACACCCCUACGGCAUUACAUAGGAUCAUGUGAACUACCAAGAGAAUUCUCCACACAGCUUCUAUUCAGGAUUCAGACAUGGCCGACUUACCUCUUGUGUCCUAGAAUGCUAUCACUUAACUGCCUGCACCCAACACCCAGUCAUUGUGUGGGGAACAGUUGCCUUGGCUCAGUUUAUGUGAUGUCUAAAAGCUGCUUAGAGGCACAGAAGUGACCUGCACAGCUACUUUGCUAUCUUGCUUCCCACUAAAGAGGAAGACUGUUUAUAUAUAACAUGUGUCCUAUUUAUAAUUCAGCUAAAUAAUGAACACGUCAAUCACAUUUCACUCUUGUCAUGUUAUGAUGAUGUCCGUUAUUGCAUGUGAUUAUGUGAUGCUAUGAAGUGUUGAAGUCUUUGUUGCUAAAAUGAAAAGGUCAGUUUAGUCAUCUCCACUUUGAAAGAGACAAUAUAAUUAUAAGCUAUAACCCGUUGUUUAAACGUGUUGCUACUUGCUACUGCUGGUGUAUCCAGGCCACCUCAUGAUAAGUAUUGACUUAAUUACAAGAUCAGCAAAACCAUUUGAGUUUCAUGCUGAGAAAUCCUAAAAAUGAGUCCACACCCUGUUAAUCAUUAGUUAAACUCUGGUCAAAGUCCUAAUUUAUUACAGUUGAAAUGCUCUUUUUGAGCAGUAGAGCAACAAAGGGACAGACAUGUCACAUGUUCUGCCCUGCUACUAUCAGAAACAAACAAAUGACUUAUGUCUAGACUUAUAUUGGCACAUUUUAAUUCCUAGGGUUGUUGAAUGAUGGUACAGUUCACUGAAAAUGUCACAAAAUGAAAAGGACUGAGGCAGGUUCUGGCUCUUGCAUGGUAAACUUAGUUAUCAGCAAUGUUAUGCUACCUUUAGAUAUGACCAACAACACCAGGAAAUAAAGAACGGUUAGGAAUAGGAACUGAAAUAGGGAACAGUAAAUUCUCACAAUUAAACAUUCUGUCCGAGAUCUUAAGCACUUACAAAUUUGUAACAUAUUGUACAAAUUGGAAUUUAUAACACAUCAUACGAAUUGCAAAAAUAUAGCAAAAACAAUUUUCGGGGGGGAUUCCUAACAUAUCAUAUGGCAUGGAUGACAUAGUACACAAUUGUGCACUAUUUUCGGGGUCAUGUUUUGGCUCGUGAGCACUAAAUUAUAUGAAACCUUUGGAGCAUGACUUUAAUGUGAUUCUUAGUUUUAAAAUGACCGAUUCCAUUGCCCUUUACCUCCCCUUUAUGUUGAGCCAUUAUAACCAACCAAAAUUAGUAUAUAUUUUUAAAGAACCAGUACUGUAUGUUUAUGGGAAACGUUAAAGUAUGCUAUUCUUUUAAAUCCACCUAUAAAGCAGAGAUAAAAUGUAUUUUAUUUCAUGAGGUUUAGCUACACAGGUCAAGUUGAAACCAGUUUCAGAUGUGAUGCUUUUGUGACUGUAUAUACCAGUAUAUAUGUAUAAUAUGAAAUAUCUGUAUAUAUUGUAUGUUAGAGUUUUACUGGAAAAACACCAUGUCCUCUCACAAAUACAGUAUUCUUUUCUCAAAUAUAUUUUAGAUACUCUAGCAUCAGUAAUCUUCUCUGUUGUCUGUUGAGUCAAAGACUGAUUAAACAAUAAACUAACAUGGGAAUUAAA